UUUGCUUGCUGUCACUUUCGUCUUGGUUUUUUUUCUGUAAUUUAGUUUGGUUGGCUUUUGAUUUAUCCGUAUUUUUUCCAUUACAAUGAAUUGGCCUAGUGAUUUAAAGCUAUGAAAUCAAUAAGACGUGUUUAUUUAAUGUCCAUAAAACGAUUUAUGUAAUAAUAUUAUAAUUAUUAUAUGAAUACAACUGAGGCGACUACCAGUACCGAAUAUUGUUUACCACGAAAUCAAGUUAUCUUAAUAUUACCUGGUUGGUGUUCUGAUACAACUAAGCAAUGGAUUCAGAAGAGCAAACUAAAUCAGAGAAAUCUAUCAAAGAUGAUUACAAAAGUGACGAUGAUAAAAAGAAGAAGAAGAAGGCCAAAAAGCAUAAGAAGCGCAAAAAGGAAUCUGGUGAUGCUGACAGCAGCAAGAAGAGGAAAAAGUCCAAGAAAGAAAAAAGGAAGUCACCUUCACCAGACAGUGAGACUUCACUAUCUGAUGUGGAAGAGCUGCUGAAGCGAGCCCGUCCUCACAAGAGGGCCCCCGCCCAGACAGAGUCACACAAGUCCAAGAAACAGAAGAAUGGGGAAUCCUAUGCUGAAAAAACUAACAGCACCACCCGCCCCAAAAGCAAAUCUAAAGAGAAAGAGCCAGCACAGCCUUUAGAAAUAGUAUCAUCAGACUCUGAGACAGAAAACUACCAAGAAGACUGUGCAAGUCCCGAGCUGGGGCUGAUCGAGGACGACCUGAACCUCGAAGAGCUGAUGAAGCAGAAGGAGCUGCUGCAGGCGCGCCUCGGGGCCUACUACUCAGACGAGGGGGAGCCAGCCAAGGAGGCCUCUGAAGUGAUCUGCAUCAAAGAUAAGUCACCGCACUCAAAGAAGAGCAAAAAAGACGAGCGCAAAUCGAAGCACUCCAGUAAAGACCGCAGCAAAGACCGUUCACUGGACCGGGAGCGCGAGCGGCGGCGAGAGAAGCAGCGGCGGAACGACGAGGACCUGCGCAACAUCAUCAACAGAGAGAGCAGGAAAGAGAUGGAUCGACGUCAAGAAGAAGAGAGGAAGGAGAGAGCCAGGCGGAAAAUGGAGUUGGACCGAGAGAGGGAUCGCAGGCGGGAGAGAUCGCCGGUCAGGCGGGACCGGUCGCCCGUCCGGCGGGACCGACGCUCGCCGGACCGGCGCCGCGACUUCCGGGACAAGUCGCCGGUGCGGCGCGACCGGCGCCCGGACCGCUCGCCGGACCGGUACCACCGGAUGCGGGAUCGCUCUCGUGACCGCCGCUCGCGGUCUCGCAGCCGUGAUAGAAGGAGACGGCACGCGUCGUCCAACGAGGUGGCGCAGGUGGUGGAGAGCUCGUCGGACGGGGAGCUGGACAUCGACAUCAACUCGGACGACGACGAAGAGACGGAGCAGCAGAUCAUCGAGCGGCGGCGCCAGCAGCGCGAGCAGCUCAUGAAGAGACUUGGUGCAGCCAAGAACCCAGAGGAAACAAAAGAACCCGAGCCAAAGCCGGAAGAACCAGCCCAGACUGAGAAAAAAGAAGUCAUUGCCAUUGACAGCCCCGGCCAUGAAACCCCGGACCUUAUCAAGGAGACUAAAGAUAAAGACGGUCAGAAAGCAACCAAAGAUGUUCAAAAGUCCGAAAAACCUCACAAAGACAAAGUGAAGGAUGAUGAUGAAGAUGAUGACGGGACAAAUGAUGGAAAGGAGAAAAGUGGUAAAGAGGAAAUGUCGGGGAAGACCGGUGACUGGGACAUGUUUGCUGAACAGGACAACUUUGAUAGUUAUGAUUCUCCGACGACGGGCGUCCCACGGGCGAAGGGCCAGCUCGAAAACCCGUCUCUCACUGACAACUGGGACGACGCUGAAGGAUACUACAGGGUCCGCAUCGGCGAGACGCUGGACAGCCGCUACACGGUGUACGGCUACACGGGGCAGGGCGUGUUCUCCAACGUGAUCCGGGCGAGAGACCAGGCAAGGGAUAAUACCGACGUGGCCGUCAAGAUUAUAAGGAAUAAUGAGAUCAUGCACAAGACGGGUCUACGCGAGCUAGAAGUCCUGAAGCGACUGAACGAAGCCGACCCCGAAGACAAGUUCCACUGUCUCCGCCUGUUCCGGCACUUCUUCCACAAGCGGCAUCUCUGCAUGGUCAUGGAACCCCUGUCUAUGAACCUGAGGGAGGUUCUCAAGAAGUAUGGAAAGAAUUCAGGGAUACACAUUAAAGCUGUGCGCAGUUACACGCAGCAGAUUCUGCUGGCGUUGAAGCUGCUGAAGAAGACGGGAAUUUUGCAUGCGGACAUAAAGCCAGACAACAUCCUAGUAAACGAGAGCAAGUUAAUACUAAAACUGUGCGACUUCGGCGCAGCGGGUCACGUGGGUGACAACGACAUCACGCCCUAUCUGGUCUCGCGGUUCUACCGAGCUCCAGAGAUCAUCCUCGGAGUCCCAUACGACUAUGGCAUCGACAUGUGGUCGACAGCGUGCACCGUCUACGAACUGUCCACAGGAAAGAUCAUGUUUAGUGGCAAAUCAAACAAUGAGAUGCUGAAAUACUUCAUGGAUCUGAAGGGAAAGAUCCCGAAUAAGAUAAUAAAGAAGGGCUUCUUUAAGGAGCAGCAUUUUGACCAGAACUGCAACUUCUUGUAUCAUGACGUCGAUAUUGUUACUGAGAGGGAAAAAGUGGUGGUAAUGUCGAGCAUAAAACCCGUGCGUGACCUGCAAGCCGAGCUGUCGCCGCCGCACCACCGCAUACCGCCCGCCGAGGCCAAGAAACUGGCUCAGCUCAAGGACCUGAUUGAGCGCAUGCUCACACUGGACCCGGCCAAGCGAGCCUCCGUCAACCACUGCCUCACGCACCCCUUUAUACAGGAGAAGAUCGUGUAAUUGUUCUGAGUGAUAGUGCGGUUGGUGAAUCGAAGAUCGUGUAAUUAUUCUGAGUGUAAGUGCGUGUGUCGGUUGGUGAAUCAACGAAAAGUUUCCAGGUUUUAUGCUGGCGCCACACUUGGCUAUUCAUAUUUGUUAUAUUGAAUGUUUCUACGCAAAAAUGUACGCAAAUUCGGCAAUAAUUUUGGUGAAUAUACUGACCACACAUGGCAGUUUUGACAAAUACGAAUAGCCAAGUGGGUUGGUAGCAUUAUAACUUUUUAGUUUGAAUUUUAUCUAUGGAUAGUCGUUAUAUAUGCGUCUUUAAAAUGGUUUCUCUCGUUUGCACAUAACGUUACGUGGAAGAUUAUGAAAAUGGGUCGUCCGUAGCUGUCCAAAGUAUAGUUUUCUAUUAUAGUUAAGAGACUCGCUAUGGAUUGUAUAUGUUUUAAACAUUUCCAUUGUCUAUAUCAUAGCUGUGUAUUGUAUACUUUACGGCUGAGAUUUGCGGCCAGUGUUGCAUUCAUUGACGUAAAAAGUUAUAUUUUUAAUAUUUGUCGAAAAUAGCGUAAGUAUAGGUAAGUACAGGUAAGUAGUAACUAGUAAGUCUAGUUAAGAUUUUGGUUUUAAUACAUAUCCACAUUGUGUUGUGGUAGUUUACUUG